AUGUAGUGUCGGCCCACACAUUACUGAAGCAUUUGAUCAGCGCUCAGAUACAGCAUGAUGUAGUUACCCCAAUUUAUUUCUCCUUAUGGCCACUUUAUUUCCUCCUAAUUAAUUCUGAAGUGUACACUGAGCGAAUUUCGUUCAAUUCCGGCAACAGAAUAUGAGUAUUAUUGAUAUAGAAAACCAAGGUGGCGAAGAACUAUUGGAAAAGGGCAGCAACAAAGAGAAUCUGGAUGCAAAAGUCAGCACAGAAUUUCUAGAUUCAGCCAAAGAUUCUUUGGAAAAUGCAGAACAGCAAUCAGAAGGAUCAGGACAAACUAAUGUUGAAGACAAACCAGAAACGAUGUUGACAACUGCUCCUAAUACGCCGCCAGUAUCUAUACAGAGCGUCACAGACACAGUCAUGGAAAAGCUGCCCAAUCUAGAAGAUUUGUGUCUAGGUAAUUUGGAUGAACACUUGCAACGCUUUCGAGAGACAUUCGAAAGAGCGCUUAGCAUGUCUGAAUCUUAUGCGAAGGAUUACACAGAAAAGGCAUUAUCCAUGGAAUCUGCACUGAACGCCUUGGCCGCAUACAAUAAAAAGGCACUGGAACAAUUGGGAAAACUCACUUUAGAUGCGGUAAAGUCAAAAGAAUCGUCAAACACCCCAGCAGAUGAGGCAGAGUUGAAGUUAGGUGAGGCCUACGUCGAGAAAGCAAAACUUUUGGUUGAAACUGCAGGGAAGCAGCUAGAAUACAGUAAACAGCUUGGAGCCAUCACAAGACCACUUAUGUCAUGGAGACUGGAUGCAAGCAGGGCAGUUUGGGAGGCUCAGUCAGCUUUGAAAAUCGCUGAAAAGCAGUAUGACGAAAUAAAGCAGCGAGCACAACUGCGCAGACCAACCCAAUCACAAAUACCUCGGACGGCAACCGAGUCGAAACAAGAAGAGUCGUACCAACGUACACCACAGAAGGAGCCUGUUUUGGACACCGGAAAAUCCGCUGAGCCAGAGAGCACUCUACAAACCCAGCAACCACUGUUGGACCGAAGCCAAAAGCCAGAGAGGGUUUCUCGCCCAAUCGAACAGGAACGUCAGCCGAUCAAGUUUUGGCCUAAACACGUAUACACGGAUAAACACGGAGAAGAGAUAUGUUACAUCCGUGCGCCAAGUGACUGCCUUGUAAAGGAGGAGGAAAUCGAGUGCCGAUUUAGUGAAGCGGAUGCGCCUUGGCCAAAAAUUGCUGGACACAGUGAAUUCAUUGGCCCAUUGGUUUCAGUCCUACCGCUUGGUGAUACAGAAAACAUUAUCUGGUCCGAUGAACCGUGGAUAAUCGGUGUUCCGAACAAACACAUCAAGGCCACUUCAAAGGAAUCAGUGAUAUAUGCAAUAGAAUCCGGACCUAAUGGAGUAUGUGCAUUGGAUUUGGACCCAAUGAAAGUCCCCACAAAGGAUCUCGUCUCGUGGGUGGAACGUCACACUACAGAAGUGGUUUCUGAUGGGAAACACUAUCUUGAGUGCCGUAUGCAUCGACUGAGCCCAAUAACGUUGGCCCCAUGUGCAAGAAUUAGAAGGGAUUCGGCUGAAAUCGGCCCACUUGGUGGUCGGCUAAUCAGUGUAACGGAGCCAAAGGUUGCUUUGGAAAUACCUGAAUCAGCUGUAAAAGUUUCGCUUCCGUUCACUCUGCAAGUGAGACAAAUGGAUUAUCGACAACUGUCGUUUGUUAAAGCACAAAACGAACUACUCAUGAAAGAGUUUCUUACAUGCAGCCCAUUGGUCUACUUGACAUCUCCAAGAAAAACGACCUUCAAACCAGUGCGUAUAUCUUUUCCAAUUCCCGAACAAACACCUCCACAACGAAGCAACGUAGAUCCCAGCAUUUUACAUCGUGUUCGUUACGAGCACCAUCGUGACGUCUCAAUGAUCAGCGACGACGGUACAGGAAGCAUUGGUCAAAAAAAGGAAGUUUCCGCAAUUGUCAUAAUGCAGAAUUCCGAGAAGACUGGUGACAACUGGACCAUGUGUGAAGAUGCCGAGCUUGUUGACACGGUGGACGGUGUGGUGACCUUCAGUCUACAAAAAAUCGAAAGCUGUCGGUUAGUUGCUAUUAAGCAGUUGGUUGGCGAGAUGGAUCGGUGGUUAAAGUGCGAAUUUACUGGUCGGAAGGUCCGUGGUUCGAACCCGACCUCCACAUCACGAUUUUCCCUGUCUAGACGUGAGAAACCUGGUGGUAUCCCGGCCCUCGUUCUUCCCUCGGGUGGCAUGACAAUUAAGCACCAAAAGGGUGCUACAGCUGAAUAUUGGUAUCGAUCAUUGGAUACAGUUUUGGCAUGGAGGCAGAGUCCAUAUCGGGUAUCGUACCCUUCCUUGACUGCACGACACACAAGAGUGAUGACUUACCAGGAACCAGCAAACAGCAGUGCGGUCCCAGACUACUCAUCAGCACAUCCAAAGACAAUAGCACUUUGGAUCCUCAAAUUCAGUUUGGCAUGGAGGCAGAGUCCAUAUCGGGUAUCGUACCCUUCCUUGACUGCACGACACACAAGAGUGAUGACUUACCAGGAACCAGCAAACAGCAGUGCGGUCCCAGACUACUCAUCAGCACAUCCAAAGACAGUAUAUGCUUGUAUAGUUUCGGCAAAAUGGACCGGGAUCACUGAGCAUGGAGGAGCGCUAAAUUUGACGGGUAUUGGUCCCAACACCAAAAGGAGUGGGUGGGAACAGCAAUCAUCCUACACAAAACACGGACAUUUGGAUUCAGUAGAAAAUAGCGUUCUAGAGGAAAAAACUUUGCGCUUCAAUUUGGUGCAGUUGAACGAUCGCCUUCCGAUUGAUACGACCAGGGAUUAUGCAUACAAAAGAAAGUUUUACAUAGGCCAAGCAUCCAGAAAGUUGCACAGCAGAAUCGAUGAGCAUAAACCAUGCAUAAACAGACCAUCCGGAAACAAACAUGAAUAUCUGGUGAUAGUCAAUGACUCGGCGAUGGCAGGGCGUACAUUGGAUGUUGAGCACAGGAUAGAUAUGGAAAAUGUGGACAUUCUGAGAAGGGGACUAAGAUUCACAUCCCAGCGACUGGUGGCCGAGGUGAUGGAAAUCGCCAAUUAUCCCAGCGUAAAUAGAGUAGAGGGUGUAGAACUUGCAAACCUAUCACGGAUGAUUGACUCCGAAACGCUUUCGUACUGUGCCACACUGAUUGAAGAAGGCUUGUCAAAGUGUCUGGUGCGUAUCGCGCUGCUACAAAAUCUGAAGUGUCCGCAUCAGUUAUGUCUGAUAUCAGGGCAAGACCAGUUGGAUACAGACAUUAAAGCUCUGAAUGAGGAAGCCUAUCACGAAGUCGAAAAACCAUAUGGACCAGUGUUGUUGAAAGAGGGUCAGAAGUUGGACAUUUUCAUUCGUCCGAACUUGCGUCUUGUCGGCAACAAGGAAACUUCGUCGCAGAAGAAACUGACGAUGAAAAUAAGUCUCGCUUCUAUCAGCCCUAAUCUACACAAGCUAUCACGGAUGAUUGACUCCGAAACGCUUUCGUACUGUGCCACACUGAUUGAAGAAGGCUUGUCAAAGUGUCUGGUGCGUAUCGCGCUGCUACAAAAUCUGAAGUGUCCGCAUCAGUUAUGUCUGAUAUCAGGGCAAGACCAGUUGGAUACAGACAUUAAAGCUCUGAAUGAGGAAGCCUAUCACGAAGUCGAAAAACCAUAUGGACCAGUGUUGUUGAAAGAGGGUCAGAAGUUGGACAUUUUCAUUCGUCCGAACUUGCGUCUUGUCGGCAACAAGGAAACUUCGUCGCAGAAGAAACUGACGAUGAAAAUAAGUCUCGCUUCUAUCAGCCCUAAUCUACACAAGUUUGUUGUGGAGGCCAUCGACCAGUCUGCGCAAGUUGGAUUCGACAGGCACCAAGGCGUGGUAGACAUUUACUGCGAGAAAGAUGUGUGCAUCCCUGUCAUUCCAGAACGCAACAAACUGGUCAGGAUGCAAAGUGGUCCAUUAACGAUCAACACGCCGUCAAAGACUAAGAAGCAUCGCUACCAAAUCGUCCAAGAGCCGGUUCGAUUGGUUCGCUUCGUGGUGAGCCUUCCCAAAGUACUGAUUACGAACCCUACACCUUGGAUUCAGUCCGAAUUCAACUUCAAACCGAAAGAUGUUGUAACGCGUUCUUACUUGAAAGACCUUGCCAAAAAGUUGCCGGGCGAUUCAUGGCAACGUUUAGGAUCUGCACUUGAUAUGAGCCGAGGUCGUCUACAAGUCAUAACUGCCAAAUUUGGAGAAGCAGAAGAGCUGUUGGCAUUGGCAAUGCUCACAAGCUGGAUCAAAACUUUGCCUAUCUCUGCAGAUAGAUUUGCAAUCCUGUACAGAGCGCUUCAGGUGAUCGGACGGUUCGACUUGGCAGCCGAAUUAUACUCAGCUGGCUGCUCCGUAAAUGAGGAUCCAGACUCAGUGGAAAGCUCACCUCAGAAAAGUGCUGGAUGAAAUCAGAAAACGCACAUGACCUUUCACUCAAAAUUAAUCAAACGACCAUCUAUGUUUUAGUUAUAUAUGGAUUCCGUUCUUCCUUUACUGAAUGGCCUUGUGGAAUUUAUUACCGUGACUACCAG